UUUUUUUUUUCUCCCAUUAAAAAUGAGAAAGAUAUUUUCGCUGUCUUCUUAUUUUUAUAUAGUUUUACUAAUCCUUACUUUUAUCAGAGCUAUUCAUCUUUAUUUUAUUUCAACAAAGGAUUUAAGAAUAGCUGAUGAGAAUGAUCAUUGGUUCCUUAAAGAACAUAGGCAGCAGAAAUUAUCUACCGCCACUAUGAAUGUUCAACAUUCAACAACUCGAAUGAGUAAUGAAACCAAUAAAUUAUUUUAUUUUAUUCAGUUGUCUGAUUUACACAUUUCAAAAUUUCAGCCAAAAGGCCAUACAAUUCAUUUUUUGCAUUUUCUUCAAUCUGCUUUACCCGUCAUCAAGCCAGAAUUUGUUGUUGUUACAGGUGAUUUAAUUGAUGCUAAAGAUAAGACUCGAACUACUUCAACUCAAUAUGUUGAAGAAUGGCAAGUAUAUCGAUCAGCAGUUGAACAAGGUGCUAAUAAUACUCGAUGGUAUGACAUGAGAGGGAACCACGAUUGCUUUGAUUUGGUGUCCUGGCAAGCAGAAAAUAAUUUCUAUCGUACAUUCGGUAAAAGUGCUCAAGAUUUGGAUGCGGGGAAAGGAAUUUAUAGCUGGAAGGUAUCUAAAGAUUAUGGUGACUAUAAUUUUAUUGCUGUUGAUGCUUGUCCUAAAAAGGGACCUUCUCGCCCAUUUAACUUUUUUGGUUAUUUUACUACAAAUACAAUGAAUCGCUUAGCGUCCAAAAUAAUGUCAACAACAUACAAUCAUACUUUUAUAUUUGCGCAUUAUCCUACAACAACUAUGAUACCUGGUGUAUCGUCUGAAGGCUAUACUCUGAAUGAUCUAGCUAGUCGUUUCAGUAUUUAUUUUUGUGGACAUUUACAUAGAUUAUCAGCUGGCCUUGGUAACAUUCUCAAGUCAUAUCAUAAAGAAACAGACUCAUUAGAACUCGAAGUUGCUGAUAUGAAAGAUCAUGGUUCAUAUCGAAUUGUAGCUGUAGAUCAUGACUUGGUCUCAUUUGUUGAUAUUGACUUACCUAUUUCAGAGAUAUCACCUGUUAAUGAAGACUCAAUAAUACCUUUAACAGUUGAUAAUCAAAUUAUUUGGCCCAAGCAAAAGUUGCAUCCAUCACCUAUUGUUCUGAUUACAAAUCCAAAGGAUGCUCGUUUUACAAUGCCAACAAAGGAACCUCUUCAGGCUAUGGGUCAAAGUUCAUAUAUUCGAUUUUUGAUAUUUUCAGAGUAUGAUGAUUUAAAAGUACAUGUAUUUGUGGAUGAUAAGCAGCAUCCUUUCCCUUCAACAUAUAUAGGCAGAAAAGCUCUUGAUGAUAAACAAAAAGUAAUACCACUUUGGACAACACCUUGGGAUCCUAGUGAAUUUAAUGACGGUAAAACCCACUAUUUACGUGUUGAGGCAACUGCCCCCAAUGGAAAGACUGGUGUUAGUGAAAUUCCUUUUCGUUUAGAUAAUGAAAGAGUUAAUAUCAACGGCGGUACUGGUGAAUGGAUUAUUGCAUCCAGUAUUUCAGAAUUGAUCCGAUUUUUAUGUAUUUUUGCUAUUACUUCUAUGUUAUUGACUUUAAUCAUACCAAAAUUGUUGAAUGAUUACGAAAGGCAUCGAAAUAAUUUUAUAGAAAAAAACAAUCUAAGAAAUAGACUUCUUCUUCAAAUUCAUAAGAUCGAUAGUAGUAACUAUUGCAGUAUUCGAAAGUUUAUUUUAAUUUGGAUGCAUCGAUUUUUGAACUUUCCAGAAGAUCAACCCUAUGUUUGGACACUCUGCUUUAUGUUUUUGACUAGUCUUUUAAUAUUACCCUGGUUUAAAGCAGAAUUUAUCCCAUCUGGUCAAACUGAGGCUGAAAGCAUGGGAUAUUUUUAUCUCUGGGGCUUACUUUUUGAAGGGCAGCAGUGGGUGCCACUUGACACUUGGCUCUUUGCUAUUUUUCAGAUUACAUUUAGUGUCGCUGUCUUUAUCCUUUUGUUUAUCUGGAAGUCGACCAAUGCCUCUCUUUUGCAAUGCAAAGGAAAUACUAUGACGACGCUUCUUUGUGAUCGUGUUUGGUUUCAGAUUCUUGUUUUAUUAUAUUGGUUUUGGCGAUUUGAAGGAUUGACGGAUUUAGCCAAAUUUUAUGGUGGUAUUUGGCCCACACUUAUUUUAAAUCAGCUUGUAUGGUGGCUUUUUAUUGUUGCUUUCCUUAUUAUUUUUGAUAAAACAGACCUUAUAUCGAAAAGGAAAGAUAGGGAUGAGUCUAUAACAUUGGAUAUUUGUACAUCAUGUGACAAUGCUAGUGCAAAUAAUCAACAUGAAUUCUUUGUGGACAACAGUUUAGACAAUAAGAACAAUGAAGAACAACAGGAUGAAGUAGAAGAGUCAAGACAGCCACUUUUACAUGAGGAAAGUAGCAGUAAUAGUUGUUCUCCGACGAAGAAUUCUUUCAGGAGAAACAUAUCAAAGAUAGAUUAAAAGGAGAAUAAGUUUUGUGUACACAUGCAAAAAAGAAAAAAAAAAUAGAUUUCUCUUAAGCAUCAUUAUUGUUUAUUAAAAAAAAAAUAAUCUCCCUGUUUUUUUAUACAUUUAUUAGGAGAAAAAGAUCUAAAG